UUGUACAAUUUUCCAAUUUUGAGCAGUCAAAUUUUUUUGAUUGAAAAGUAAAAACUUCCCCAGGAAUUUCGUUCCACAUUUGAUAUAUUCUAAAUCGGACUAGUUUGAAGCCUACCUUCAAAUAAAGAUUUGCCAUGCACUAGUUAUAGCUGCAAUAGUUUAUUGCUGCUAUACAAUUAUUUUUGCUAACAAUGCGUAUCGGUAUACCUCAGGUAGAAUAUUUGUUUACAACAAAUAAAUCGUAAAUUUAAAUAAGAGUGAGUGACUGACACCGCAAUGCUAGCACGACGAUUAACAGAGACAGGAGAUUUGGAAAAAGUUGGCAAAAACACAAUUCACUACGGAGAGAUGUCGCAAAGACGAAAUAAUCAUAAGAGUGAUCUGGUGCCCCCAGCAUCUUUGCUACCUAAUUAUCCAGCCCCUACACCACCCACCGAGGAAACAUUUUUUCCUCCACCACCGCCACCAAUAACAAACAAUGAACUGAGAGAAAAUUCGCCCCAGGAUACAAAGAAAAAGAUACCUACUAGCCGCGUGAUGCCUGUGCAAACAGUCGAUUCCAAACCACCACAGCUCAAACUCUACGCAGAUACAGAUAUCAGAUCUCUGGAUAAAAACCCAAUUCAUGAUGACAUUAUGAAAGAGGCGGAAAAAUUCAAAGAUAGGAGAGGUGAAUUGUUCGUUAUGGAUGACGACUCAAAUUCCACGCAGAUAGGAGAACAAGUGUAUGAUUACCAGAAGGUUUCAAGUAACCUGAAACCGAGCCACAGCUUUCAUCAUCCCGUCUAUGACCCUGCAGAAAUGAGAAGAAAGAAGAAACAUUCUCUUGUAGUAAACAGUGAUUUAUCCUGGAGCAAACCGAAGUCAGUGGAGAAACGAAAUUCAUAUGUGAUCAAGCCCGUUGCAAAAGCUCCGCUUGUGACAUCGAGAAACGCACCGAUGAAGGAGAAAAUACAACAAGAUAAUAACGGCUAUUCAAGAAUAGAAGAUAUUCCGUCUCCAGAUAAACUGCUCCAUUUGAUCGCAACUGAAGAUGAGCAAGGAAACAUAAUUCCUGAAUGGAAGCGAAAACUUAUGGCUCAAAAUUAUCGAACCAAACUAUGUAAAAAAUUUGUUUCGUGAAACAAGGCAAAAUGCUACAUAUAUACUCCUAUCUCGAAGCUUCAAAACUUUGCAUCCAUUCCAAUUUAGUUUGUGCAAGAAGACUUAGAAAUAGGAUAACGACACAGACAUAAUAAAGCAGAAUUAAACCUUUCUACCUUCUAGCUUAUGUUAAAUCUAAAUAUCAAUCGUACCACGUUCAUCACUUCCAACAACAUUGCAACGUUGUUUAUUUUCUAUUUAAAAAAAAAGUCCGGUCGAUAAUGUAGUCCGAUUAUCGCUCGCGAAAAAGUUGCUCCGUCUGUCCUGAAAAACAGAAAAUUGGUCAAACAGCUAUUUAUUUUCACGAAGAAUAAAUUUCACAACGUUUUUUGAAGGAAUAACAUGUUAUAUUACCCAGAAUAUUACAUAAAUCGAAUAUAACCUAAAAGCUAUCAACCUGGAACCUAAAUCUAAAAUAAAUAAAAACGUAUCGAAAAAGAAAUGAGUGAGCACGCAUUUUAUUUGUGAUCUCGUCUGACCUUCAUUUCCUAAUUUUCUGCUUUUCUAGUAAUCACCAUGUAGAAACAAAAGUUUGCUUUUUUUUGCUGCCACCCUAUCUAUGUUGUUUGACGAAAUUGGCGCAACGUAGUUGAAGAUGAGAAAAGUUUGUCUUCUUUUCGAUCUAAUGUAGAUAGUAUUGUGCUAUUUGUCUCAAACUUUAACUAUUAGCUAUUUAUGAACUAUCUAACAAACUAUGUUAGACAAACUUUCAACUGCAUUCAUUUAUAGGUAGUUAGCACAGUAGACUUUCUUAUUUACCAUUUUUCUGGUACGUAACCUUGUUUCAAAUAGCUGAUGUUGUGAAAAUUUUUUUUAAAUAUACAUUAAACUGUUGUAUUAGA